AUGAAAUCUUUUGGUUUCUCUAAAUUCACUCUCCUUGAUAGUUUAGUUAACUAUAAGGCACCUCAUAUACCCAUAUCCAAUAAUGAUUUCAUUAAGUAAAUUAAGUCAAAAUCUAAAGAACCUCUACAAUCACCUAAAAAUAUGUAACUUUCAUCAGAAAUCCCUAAACAUGUAAGCUAAUCAUUAGAACUUUAAACUGAAUCUUAAGAAUAAACAUAACCAAAACGCAAAUUACCACUUAAUAGAAUAAGAAAUUAAAGUCUUGCAGCACCCUCUAUUAAUGUCUAUUUAGAAUAAAUUGAAAUAGCUAAACUUAAUAAUAGAUAAAUUAAACAUGACAUGAAUAAAAUUCUUAAUAAUGUUAGCCAUUAUGUUUCUUAAAUUAAGGCUGAUUAGAAAUCCAAAAAAUAUAUAAUUGCACCUACUAAAAACAAUUUCUCAACUGAUAAUAAAUUUAAACCAAUCAAUCUUGAUAGUAAAGAUGCAAUAGAAAUGAUUUCAUCAAAUUAAUCUCUCAAAAUACCAUAGCAUGAUAUAUCAAGAAGUUGCUAAUCUGAAUAAUCUACUGCUAGAAAAAUGUAAUCAGAUAAUCAUGCUAUUAAUAACCUUAUUGAUCUUAUCAAAGAUUUCCAUUCUAAAUUAGAUUAACUUAAAAAAUUAUGGUAAAAUGAUAAAAGAUUAGAGAAAUUCAUUAAAUUUUAACUCUCACUUAAACCUGAUUUAUAAACUAUCUUUUUUCCAGAUGAGGAUACCAAUCACAUUCAUUUGAAUUAUUAAUAAUUACAAAAGUUAUUCAUUCUACCUAAAGCAAAUUAAUAUGGUGAAAUAUGGAAUUUCACAGCUGGAUAUUAAUUAAGAGACAUUCUAAAUUCCAUAAAUAAGAUCUUAGAAUAAUAAAAGUUUUAAGAACUCUUUGAUAUCAAAAAAUCUAUACAAGAAUCUUCUAAAACUAUCAAAGAACUUGAAUAGUAUCUUAUUAUAUUCUAAUUAGGCAUAAAGUAAUUCAAAAGUAUUCAUUAAAAAAAGAUUACAAUUACUUAAGUUUUCAAAGUCUCCUUAUGAGUAAUGAAGAAAAAGAUAAAAAUGUAGACAAAAUGGAAAGAUAACUUGGACCAUUAAGUAAAGUGACAAUAUAGAAUAGAAAAAUGAGUAAUAUGAUUAACGAUGCUAUUCAUAAUUUGCAAUAAAAAUAAAUUAAUUGA